CUACUCAUACUACCUCACAUUUGCUUGUUACUUUCCCUAUUUGCUUUCUCAUUAAGUAUUGGUCGUCCGAAGCAUGUGCGCGUUAUGGCCGGCGCAAUUGAGGGCGACGAUUUCAUUGGCCCACGAGCAGAAGAGCACCGCGGCCUGCUAAGCAUUCGCUAUCCCGUGGAGCAUGGCAUUGUGCGUGAUUGGUCCGACAUGGAACGAAUUUGGGCCUACCUUUAUAGCAAAGACCAGCUGAUGGUGAACAGUGAAGAGCAUCCGGUGUUGUUGACAGAGGCCCCCCUUAACCCCAAACACAAUCGGGAGAAAAUGGCUGAAUUGCUGUUCGAGACCUUUUGUGUUCCCGCGCUGUACAUAUCAAUGCAAGCUGUGCUCAGUCUGUACUCCACCGGUCGAAUCACGGGAGUCGUUCUUGACUCUGGUGACGGCGUGACCCAUGCCGUGCCAAUUUAUGAGGGCUAUGCUCUGCCCCACUCGAUUGAACGAACCGACUUGGCCGGUCGUGAUGUUACUCGCUACCUACGUCUGCUUCUGCGCAAGGAGGGGACCGACCUACACACGACUGCAGAGUUUGAGAUCGUUCGUCAGAUCAAGACGUCUGAACCUAGCGAAACAUGCACUUGCCAGCUCCUUACAAACAGAAUUACUGCCAAGGAAUUACAGGGAUGCCCAUAG